GCCAGUGCCUGUGUCUGUCCACAGGGGCCACAGAAGAGUAUCCAGGAGAGGUUCUGGGCAGUGUGGAGUCGUCUCCACCUCUCACAGGAGCAGACUAUGGACAUGGCUGCCAAGUACAGCACUCACAAGUACCAGAUGCACACCAGGAAGGCACUAUCUCUCUGGGAGAGAGCAUGUACUGUGAUUGAGGAGAGGGAGGAGAAAUUGGAGGACCUUCUUACCUUUGAAAAGUCUGCCUCUAAUCCAAGUCGCCUCUUUGCUAAAGGGAAAGAUGGUUCGUCAGAGUCUCGUCUACACGAAGCAAAAAGAAGAAAGCAGAUACACUCAGUAGGUUCAGAGAAAUCACGAGCUCCGAGUUUUUCUAGAGCCACUUGUAGUCUUGGACGACUUGGAGCGGAAGCUCUCACAGCUACUGCGAAAGUUACAGUCACGAUACGGCGACAUUGUAACUUACAAGGGGCGUCCCUACCGUGAAAAGAUGCAGCACGACCGGACAGAGUUACUCUACCUCCUACAGCAGGAGAGAAGGAGGG